AUGGACCAUCUUCGACAACAGGCUCGCAGCCUAUUCCUCCACCGCGUCAAGAUCCGUAGCGACAAAUGCCAAGUGUUCGAGAUUUGGGGUUCGGGCAGCACGGUAAUCCAUUCUGAAAGGGUAAUGCCCACGAACGAGGUGCCGGCAUAUCUUAAACACUACUCGGGGGUACCGGUUUUCAAGCUCGUCCAGUUCCCAGUUAGGAUAUUUUAUAAAUCUCACCGGUUGCCAUACCAGCAGCUAGCUUGGGUUCCGGAUAUACUUACCGACCUGGGAAUCGAACCAUAUAUGAUCGGACUGUUGACGCGAGGCCUGACGAUGUUCGAGGCGGUGGAAAAGGAUAGCCGCGAGUUAGGGAAGGUUCUUAGUAUAUUCAUGAAUGGUAUUGAUUCACGUAUGCUAGCAUCUUAUAACUUCGCUACGAAGUCUACAACCUGUCUCCUGUUUACACUAGAGGAGAAGGGUUCGAAUACACAGUAUGAAUGCAUGGCGAAAUUCCUGAGGAGGAGCGCUAGUCUUUAUCAGAGUAGCUGCUUCUUACCGUUACUCAUCUUGACGGACCAUGUCAGCCUCGUCCUGGACGGAUUUGGCACUUUCUUCGGCUACGAUCUGCAGCACGUCAAGGAGACGAAUCUACACGAUUGGGAGACUUCCCGAACCAAGCUCCGGUGGGCUAAACAUUAUAAUCACCUAGCCCGCGACAUUGCUGGCUACCUGCGGAAGAAGCUGGACGAAGAUGUGACACCGGGGACCUCGAUGUCGCCACAGGAUAUCGCUAUCCAUGCCCAAAUAAGAGACGCAUUACACGUGCUGGAGCUGACGAUUAAUCCGGCUGCUCGAGGUAUUGAAUGGCACUUACAGAGAAACGAGGACCACAUGGGACAAAUUUCGCGUAAAAUGAUGCGGCAAGACACAAUGGCUAGCAUCAAGCUGAGCGGGGCCAGCAUCGAGCUGGCCAAGAUGGCAACAUUUGACAGCUCGUCAAUGAAAGUGAUCGCGGCGAUGACCAUGAUAUUCCUACCGGGGAUGUUCUUCGCAUCGCUAUUUUCGGUGCCGUUGCUCCACUGGGAUCAGGAGGAGGGCGUCGUGGGGGAUAACUUUUGGGUGUACUGGGCGUUUACUAUCCCGUCUACCGUGCUGAUUGUUAUCUUGUGGCUUGUUAUUACGCAGCGCAAACGGAUGAGAGGGUUGUACCACGUAGGAAAAUGUUAA